AUGGCGGGAACACGAGAGCAGAUGGAGGUCGCCAGCCGGCAGCAAGCUCUCGUGGACUGGGCAGCUGUCGACGAGGAAAUUCAGUCCGUCCCUGCUGAUUACCGGGAGGUGAUUUUUCACCCCUUAAAACACGUGGUCGAAGUCUUCAGCGCGCCGGACCCACAGGGCUUGACGCAGGAGCUUCGCGAUGCUUCUGAGCGCCUUGGUCACCAGCUUGACGUGGUGGUGGAGGGCUACCAUGCAGGCUUCGCGCGCUCCAUCCAAAACUACUCCCACAUCCUGCAGCUAUUCCAGGAGUCCAAGGAGCAGGUGGACGCUCUGAAGCGCUCUCUCGCGGACGCAGCCAAGCAGCUCGGAGCGCAGUCCCGCUACCUCAACUCGCAGUGGCGCAAGACGCUAUCCCUGGAGUCGUCUCUUCGGCUGCUGGCGGAUAUCGGCACGGUGGUGGAGGUACCCACCAGCGUGGAUGCGGCAUUGGGAGCCCGGGAUUGGCCCCGCGCCGUGUCCUGUCUGCUGGAAGGCGCCACCCUGCUCGCGCACGAGGAGCUCCGGCGGGAUCAAAUGAUGGACGAGCUCACGGCGCGGAUAUUUAGCGGAUCUCGCGCCUCUACCUCCUCCUCCGCCGCCGCCGCCGCGGCGGCUGAAGGCGGCCCGGUCGGCCUGCCAGGCGGUGGCGGCGGCGGUGCCGGCACGGGAGGCAGGUCCACGGGGGUGGGAGGCGGCAGUGGGGCUGGGGGUGGAGGUGGGGGUGGAGGUGGUGAUAUUUCCGUGGAUGUGGAUGUCGCCAUGCGCCAUGUAUCCACGCGGGAGCUGGUGGCGUGUCUGGCACAGGUUGGCGGGGUGAUGGAGGCCAAGCAGCACGUGGCCAAGAAGGCACGUCCUGAGAUGCGGGCGCUCAUCCGUCACAGCGUGGAGGUAUUCGCCAUCCGGACGGGAGCUCAUGCAGCAGCAAGUGGUGGUGGUGGAGGUGCGGGAGGAGUUCCGCGCGGUGGCGGUGUGGGAGGUGGUCUUGGCGGUGCCGGCGGUCCGCCUCUCAGUCCGGCUCAGAGGGUGCUGGCGCAGCGGCUGGUGGCGCAUGUGGGGGAGACGUGCGUGCAGGCCCUAGGGCGGCUCCACCAUGUUUUGGGGGAGCUGGCCAACGCACCUGCCACCACGCAGAGCUCCGCUUUGGACGUCCUGAUCACAUCGCGCCAGGGAGGGGGGCCAGAAGGAAGAGGAGAGGAUGGUGGGGGGGAGCUGCUGGUGCUGCAGCAGAGGAAGCAGAAGCGGCCACAUGCAGGUGCAGGCGGAGGAGGUGGAGGCGGGCUGACGGCGCGGGAGCGGGCGGCUUACUUGAAGGAGGAGUACCAGAAGAUGUGGGACGUGAUGCAGGAGGAGCUGCAGCAGCUGAUAGCAGAUCUGCUGCAAACAGGUGCCGUACGAAGACGGCCCCCGAGGAGACAUGGCCGGGAGCAGCAAAACACCGGCGGCGGUGUGUGGUCUUUGCUGUCGGACCUGAACCCGGUGCACUUCCUGGAGCAGUUGGCAGCGUUGGCGGAGAAGACGGCGGACCUGGCGGAGAGCGCGCUGGGAGGGGGAGGGGGAGGAGGAGGAGGAGGAGGAGCCGGAGGCGGCGGCGCACAGGGUGCCCGUCCGCAGCCACAACAACAACAACAGCAACAGCAACAACAGCAGCAGCAGUCCCAGCAGCAGUCCCAGCAACAAGUGGUCGCAGGAGGGCCCAAGCGGCCUCCGGGCGGGAGCCGGCUCACUUUUGGUUUCGAUGUGACGAUACCCGGUCUGACAGGGGACGCGGCGCAGCUGGGCGCGUUGGCGGCCUUGCGGGUGCGCGGCAAUGACCCGGGAGGCUAUGCUUCACUUCUACAGCGAGCGCUAGGCGAGGGCCCCACCAGCCUCCACCUCCUCGUGGACCUGUACCUGCCCGUGCUGAAACUGAUCAGUCGAGCUGAGGACCUGCUACGACUGCCAACAGACCUACAGCAGGCGGGUGGCAGCAACGCCCCCGCAGCUACUGCUACUGCCACUGCUGCCCCC